CAGUAUUUCAUAUAUUCUGAUUCAGAUGUCGAACUUUUCUCUUGUGUCGUGUUUUUGUUUAUCAGCCAACUCGUAAUUAACUAAAAUUAUACGUAUAAAAGAAAUAAACAAACAAACCGCUGCGCUCGUUGCACCGCACCUUUACGACCCUCUGAACGCACCAUAUAAGUUGCCCAAAGUAUCCUCCAGGAAAAGAGAGGAUACCACGGCAACUUACCACCCAACAAAACGAGAAAAAAAAAAAAUCUGGAGAGAAAAGUUGGCCAUUUCAUUAAACUCAAAUUGUCAAUACUAAAACAUUGUCAAGAAAGCCUUACCAAAAAUUACAAUUGAAACGACCAACCAUGACGAGUGAUGAAAAAAGUUACGAUUCCAGCGAGGGAAGCGAAACGGAAGAGCAUCAACGUCGUUCAUUAGCGGCCAAACACAAAAAGUCAAAGAAGCACAAGAAACAUAAAAAAUCAUCAUCGAGCCGGGACAAGGAUAAGGACAAAACCUCCCACCACAGUCAUAAGAAGCAUAAAAAGUCUAAGAAACGUCAGCAAAGUGACUCGGAAACGGAACACCGAAUCUCUGAGAAUGGCAAAAGGCAUUUGGUAAUGGAAUCCAUACAAAAGGCCAGCCGCAAUGGCAAUUCAUCCAAGGCAACAGAUCCUUGUAGUCUGGUAGAUGAGAUAACUAAAACUAUACAGAAUAAAAUCCAACCCAAUGCAGUUCUCGAGGUGGCCAGUUCGGGCAGUGAUAAUGAAGCCUCAUUGGAUGUGGCCAGUCCGAUCAUCAGUCAUAUCAUUGAGGAUGAACUCAAUCUGGAGGAUUUGAUGAGACAGAAGGCCAUGCUGCAGGCUUGUUUGGGUGCCUAUAUGUCACCAGAUCGUCCGGCGCCGCCUCCGACGACGCCGCCGCCGGCAAAGACAUCCAAAGGGUCGGGAUUGGGGGUGGCCAUGGCGGCAGCUGAAAAGUUGCCACCGCCGUCGCCGGUGCCGUUGCUGCUGCCUGCAACUAGUAAACAUGUUUAUAAUAAACAAUCUAGCGUCCAUAACUCAAAUGAAUCCGAUGUUAUAUUAUUGGAUGAUUCUAGCGGUGGUCAGCGCACACCUUCGCCCCCCACAGAGGAGAAGCGACAACGCCAUCAUCGCCUAUCCCCAGUACCCGCGAGAAGAACAGCCCCACAGCCAGGACGACAAGAGCGACGCUCCUCCAGGGACAGGGAACGAGAACGAGAACGGGAACGGGACAGGGACCGGGAAAGGGAGAGGCAAAGGGAUCGGGAUCGAGAAAGAGACCGCGAUCGUCUCCGCAGUCGUACACCGCCACGACGACAACGGAAUCACCACAUGGAGGAUUUGCGGCAAGAGAUCAAUCGUGACAAGCAACGGGAACGAAGGGAGCACAGUCGAGAGCGUCGCCCCAAUCAAUCAGGGACAGCAGCCCCAAUGGCGGGACGACCGCGUGAACGGGAAAGGGAACGUGACCGGGACCGUGAUAAUCGCUUUCAACGUGCCCAGCGUUCCCAUAGUCGCAGCAAAUUCGAAUCCGAUCGCCGGCGUGAGCGAGAACGUCAAUUGGAGCAGCGAGAUCGAGGAUCUGGCCGUGGUGGUUCACAGCGGGGCGGCAACCAUGACAGAGCCAAUAAUUCCGAUCGUGAUCGGUAUAAGGGCUCGUUGAGCGAGGGUCAGAAAAUGCAGGAAGACAAGGAUAGUACUGACGAGGAGAUCAAUCUGGACAUUGACAUUGAAGAUGAUGAUGAUGAAGAGCGCAUCAUUGAGCAGCGUCGCAAGAAACGAGAGGAGUUACUCAAGAAACUGGGUACUGCCUCACCCGAUCGAGUAUCACGUAAAUCCAACUCCUAUGAAUCGGAUAGUUCGGCAACUCCCCGACGUUCACGCACACCCAUGAAAGAGGAAGAAGAUGAUCCCAUGGAGGAAUCCAAUCAUCAAGAUGACAAAUCAGAUCAUCUACAACCCGAUCAACCGCAAAAAUUUAAAGAGAAACGCAAUGAAUGGGAUAUGUUUGCCGAUCAGGAUGUUGAUUCCAAUUUCGAUUCACCCAAUACGAUUAUCCAUAGCAAGCAUCAGCAUGAGAAUCCUGCUCUAACAGACAAUUGGGACGAUGCCGAAGGCUAUUAUCGUGUACGAAUUGGUGAAGUUUUGGAUAAUCGUUAUCUAGUCAGUGGCUAUACCGGUCAGGGUGUGUUCAGUAAUGUGGUACGGGGUCGAGAUCAGGCCCGUGGUCAGGCAAAUGUGGCCAUUAAAAUCAUACGCAACAAUGAGAUCAUGCACAAAACGGGUUUACGUGAAUUGGAGAUUCUCAAGAAACUAAAUGAAGCCGAUGCUGAGGAUCGUUUCCAUUGUCUACGAUUAUAUCGUCACUUUUUCCACAAACAGCAUCUUUGUAUGGUAUUUGAACCGCUGGCCAUGAAUUUACGUGAAGUACUCAAAAAAUAUGGCAAAAAUGUUGGCCUACACAUUAAGGCUGUACGUAGCUAUACGCAACAACUAUUUUUGGCAUUGAAAUUGUUGAAGAAAACUGGGAUCUUGCAUGCUGAUAUUAAACCGGAUAAUAUAUUGGUGAAUGAGAAUAAUUUGAUAUUGAAAUUAUGCGAUUUUGGUUCGGCAUCGGCAAUAAGUGAUAAUGAGAUAACACCAUAUUUGGUAUCACGUUUUUAUCGAUCGCCAGAGAUUAUAUUAGGUAUACCAUAUGAUUAUGGCAUUGAUACAUGGUCAGCGGGUUGUACCAUAUAUGAACUAUAUACGGGAAAGAUAUUAUUCAGUGGCAAGAGUAAUAAUCAAAUGCUUAAAUUCUUUAUGGAUGUGAAGGGUAAGAUACCGAAUCGGAUAAUACGUAAGGGACAAUUCCGGGAACAGCAUUUUGAUCAGAGUUGCAAUUUUCUCUAUCAUGAGAUUGAUAAGCUGACCGAAAGGGAGAAAAUUGUGGUAAUGCCUGUGGUGAAGAUUACCCGUAGCCUGCAACAAGAAUUAAUUGCUGAUCAGAAUUUACCCGAUGAUCAGCUUCGUAAAGUAACACAAUUGAAGGAUCUAUUGGAGAAUAUGUUUGCCCUGGAUACCACAAAGCGUAUAUCCUUGAAUCAGGCCCUAAUGCAUCCAUUUAUACAAGAGAAGAUGUAGACAAUUAAGACGAGAUAAUGAUGAUGAUGAUUGGAUGGGAUGGGAUGAGAUGCCCCUCCGUAUAACUAGCUAGUAAGGCACAGUUCUACUUAGCCUGUAGUUAAAUUAUAUUCGUUAAACACUUUCGACAACCUCCCCUCUCCCCCACCACCACCACGAUAUAUCAAUCAAUCAAUCCAAUCACUUUCCUUCUAUAUUUAUAUAAAUAUACAUAUAUCUGUAUGUAUGUAGGCAUGUUUCUAUAUAUAUGUAUAUAUAUAAAUAUGUACGCAUUUACAUUUAUAUAAAUGUAUAUAUACAUAAGUUCGUGUUUCGGUGGCGCGUUUUGUGAAAAAAAAAACAGUUUGAGAAAUUAAAACAAAAAAAAACCAAGAAAAAA